AUGGAUGUGGCAGUGAUGGUAAUGGUGAUGUGUGGUGGUCAUGGUUGCAGAGAUGAUGGUGAUGGCGGUGUUCGUUGUGGUAGUAAUGGUGAGGGAAGUGGUGAUGGUGUUGGUAAUGUAAGUGGUUGUGAUUACAGAGGUGGUGGGGGUUUAGAUUGUUUUUGCAGCGACAGUGGUGUUGUUGACAGCGGUCGUGGUUGUGUAGAUAACAAUGAAGGUGAUGAUGUUUGUGGCGGAGGUGGUGAUGGUGUUGGUGUUGGAUGUGGUUGCAUUAACAGUAAUAAUUGUGGUUAUGGUGUUGUUUGUGAUUGCAAUAACCUCAGUACUGGUGGUGGUGGUGUUGGUUGUGAUUGCAGUGACAUUGGUAAUGGUGGAGGAAGUGGUUGUACUUGCAGUGACAUUGGUACUGAUUGUGGUGGUGUAAGGUUGGAAAUACGAGCAGUUGUGUUUUCAGUGAUAUUGACGGUAAUGGUGUUGGUGGUAGUGCUUGCAGUGACAGUGACAGUGACAGAGGCGGUGGUAGUGGUGGUGUUGGUGGUGGCUGUGUUUAUAAUGACAGUGACGCUGGCGGUGGUGGUGGUAGUUGUGCUCACAGUGACAGUGACAGUGGUAGUGGUGGUGGUGGUAGUGUGGUGGUGGUGGUGGUGUGGGUCCACGCGACAUCGAUAA